AUGAAGGAUUUGCAGUUAGAAAUCGUAAUUUACCAGUCAUGUAUGAAAAAAACGGAGAUUGCGUCACUAACUAAAACAUAUUGUCAAACGAGUACUCUUCGUUUAAGAUAUAUUGGCGAUAGUAAUCUGUCUCUUUUUGAAAGAUUAUUUUGGGUUAUUUCGUUCACAGCGGCAGUGGCAACAGCGUCUUUAUAUAUUUUAGGCGUCUAUAAAAAAUGGAUUUCAUCGCCAAAUAUUUCCCUCAGUCCGAGCCAGUUGCUUAUGAAGAAUUUCCAUUUCCCUCAAUUACCCCUCUGCAAUAUGAAUAAUGCGAAGAAAAGUGAAGCCGAUCGAAUUAAAAGUGGUGAGUGUAUAACUUUCUUCCAAUUAUAUUUGCUCAAUGAUAUUUGCCACAAUGAAAAUUCCACAUUCAAUGAUAUAGAUGAUGAAUCUGCAAAAUGGGUAAAUGUUCGACGUUUUAUGAUCAACGUGUCACAAUCAUGUACUGAAAUGCUUCACUACUGUCAAUGGCACGGUAUGAAAUUUGAAUGCGAGAAACUAUUUAAUCCCACAAUGACGGAUGAAGGAAUGUGCUGUAAUUUUAAUUCCGUCCAUCGAAAUUACAUUUUCUUCAAUCCAAAAGAAUCAACUGAUUUAAAUGUAACAUACCCAUUCCUAAUUGAUUGGACACCUGAAACUGGAUAUGCCUCCAAUAUUACACCAGAUUCUGUACCAUGGAGACCAUAUGGUGCUGGAAAUUUUGGAUUAACAUUAGCUCUCGAUGCGAAUGUCGAUGAAUAUUAUUGUUCAUCGACAGCCAGUGUGGGAUUUAAGAUGUUACUGCAUAAUCGUGAAACUCCGAAAAUAGCCGAUUUUGCAUUUGCAAUUUCGCCGGAAAAAACGCGUAUUAUAAUACGUCCCCAUAUUUCGGUAGCGAGUAAAACAAUAUUAAAAAUACCGAAGAAAAAAAGAAAGUGCUUCUUCACGUCCGAGAGACGUUUGCGUUUUUACAGAACUUAUACGCAAAGAAAUUGUUUCCUUGAAUGUGAGGCAAAUUUUACACAGCAGAUUUGUCAUUGCGUGCAAUAUUACAUGCCAAAGUCACUGAAUAAAAUAUGUGGAAAGAAAGAUGAUCAGUGUGCAAUUCAAGCGAGAAGAGCCAUGGAGCAAAAACUUUAUGAUGAUGAAAAUACAAACAGUCAAUUGAACAUCACAGAAACUCCCAGUUGUAAUUGUUGGCCAGGAUGCUUCGAAGUGAGCUACACAACUGAGAUUUCACAAAGUGCCUUGAUGGCGAACUAUGACAUUGAAGAUAUUUACGUGAGAAAAGACAAGAAUUACUUUGUGAAUAAUAUGGCCGUGGUGCAUUUGUUCUUUGUCGAUUCUCAAUUUACAAAAUUCGUAAAAACUGAACUAUUCGGAUUCACUGAAUUCUUAUCUAAUAUUGGCGGUCUACUCGGCCUCUUUAUGGGCUUCAGUGUUUUGUCAUUUAUGGAAAUCAUUUAUUUUCUAACAUUAAAAUUUUGGUGUCAACUUCGAAAACAUAGAAAUUCACUAAAUCAUUCCGAAGUUGAAACACAAUACAACAAAACAAUCACGUUACAUAUCCAGAAAUCGGAGAGAAAGUGCUUUAUCAAAGACGUACCUCUUUAA